AUGCGUAUAACGAGUCUUGAAGAAGGAUAUUGUUCGGGAGUAUUAAAGGAUCAAAAAAAAAUACAUAACCCGUUUAACUGUAUCCAUGCGACGGCUCUUUGCACAUUUGCAGAGACGGUCGGAGGACUUGCUGUGUUUACCAAAUUAACCAAAAAUCAUAGGGGUAUUGUUACAAAAAUUAAUAUGGAGUUAAUCAAUUUAUUUUUUGCAAUAACAAAGUAUUACAAGAAAUCAAGAGGAUUAAUUACAGGUACUAGUACUUUUAAUCCUAAAGAAUUAAUUGGUACUCAAGAAUGUGAAACUAUCCUCAAGGAUCAAUCAUCUGACAUUGUCGCAAAAGCGACAGUAUUUUGGAAUAUACGUAGCUCUUGA